AUGCUUCCGGACAUUGCAGAUUUGAAUGUAGACCUUGAGAAACUGGAUCGAAAGUAUUUUGUUGAUCCCGAUAUAUGCGAUGAAGAGUCAAAAAGAGACAAUCCUGGAAGCUUCCUGAAGACCACAAAAUCUAGAGAAGGACGAUCGACUCAGGUUUACAACAAGAAGACAUAUGCACGUCUGGUGGCCGGUUGCCUUGUUUUUAACCAAACAUUUGAAAAGGUGUUGAUGGUUUCAUCGUCAAAGCACAAGGACAAGUGGAUAUUUCCGAAAGGAGGCAUCGAGUAUGAUGAGAAGAACGAUUUUCGUAAAACAGCACGCAGAGAAACUUGGGAAGAGGCCGGAGUGACAGGUCAAAUCAUCAAGAGGUUACCGACUGUAGAGGAUCACAGAUUUAUGAAGUCAAAGGCUGUAAAUAAGACCUUUAAAGGUGUUGAUUUAACAGUUGAUGGAGACAAAAUUCCCCGUUCCGAGUUUCACUUUUACGAAAUGCAGGUUCUGGAACUCAGUCAAGUGUGGCCUGAGUGCAAGAAAAGGCAACGUAAGUGGUGCACUUACGACGAGGCAAAGCAUGAAUUGAUCAGAGCCAAAAGGCCGGAACUUUUGGAGGCAUUGAACUUUUCGAAAAUUGCCAAAAAUUGUGCAGAGACCAAGCUUGACAAGCAUUCUAGCAAAAUUCUCGAUGCCGAACCUCUAAAGGAUGAUUACUGA